GCCUAUGGAAAGUGAGGCAGAAUCUAAGCUGGGUCUACGUUUCUAUGAGAUUGCAAUCUUGCCCGAUGAGGCGAUUAUAGGGAAAGAAAAACAAUAAUUUGCCUCUGGGAAAGCCUUUACAAAUGUUACAUUCAGUUCAUGGGCUCUUUCUGUAUAGUCAAUUGUGUGUGUUUCCAGGCUUUGUUCCUGGAGGGCGUUUAUUGUGAACGGGGGUUGAACAUAAUGGGGAUACGGAGUCGAUAUCAUUGCUCCUCUCAUUCUCCAAGGAUCUAUCUGACCUCCUGUCUUGCUUCAAUCGACCUGGUGCCUGUCUCUCACUGCUACUGGCCACUGACUCAGUGGGACUCGUUGAUUGGUUGGCGGCGAAGCAGCUUCCCGUCAUACAAGAAGCAAAAGUCUCAUGCAACCUUCCGUGGGUCUCAGACCUCCCUGACGCCCGCCUCGCUGAACCAGCGCCGUUGAACUGCUUGCCUAUUGGCCCAUCCGGCCAGGGU